UCCGUAACCAUUUUGCCUCUUCCACUGGUCUGCCAGCAACUCAAGGCAACAGCGAGAUGGCCAGCAAACUGCAGUACAUCACUUUCUACAAUGGCCAGAAGAUGCCCAUUGUAGGCCUGGGUACUUGGCAGUCAUCGACAGGCGACGUCGGAAAAGCUGUGGACGCGGCUCUUGAGGCUGGCUACCGGCACAUCGACACCGCCUACUCCUACCGCAAUGAGAAGGAAAUCGGAGACGUCCUCAAGAAGUGGUUUGACUCCGGGAAGCUCAAGCGGCAAGACGUGUUCAUCGUCACCAAGCUGCCAAUGAUGGGCAACAGGGCGUCAGCGGUGGAGAAGUACAUCAAGCUGUCCCUGUCCGCCCUGCAGCUGGACUACGUCGACUUGUACCUGGUGCACAACCCCGUGGGGAUGCAGGACGUGGAGCAGGGGCGCUACCCCAGGGGCCCAGACGGCAAGGUGAUGCUCGACAUGGACACCGACCACGUCGCCAUUUGGAAGGCAAUGGAGGCCCAGGUGGACGCGGGUCGCACGCGCUCCAUUGGACUGUCCAACUUCAACGCGCGCCAGAUCAAGCGCGUGUGGGAGUCCGCGCGCAUCAAGCCGACCAACCUGCAGGUGGAGAUGCACGCCUACUUCCAGCAGCGCGAGCUCAGGGCCUUCUGCCGCGCGCUGGACAUCACCGUCUGCGCCUGGGGUCCACUGGGCACGCCUCACAUCUACUCGUUCGUCGAGAAGCAGGGCGGCGAUGUCAGCAAAAUGCCGAGAUACGACCUGCUGGGAGAUCCAGUCGUGAAGGGCAUCGCGCAGAAGCACGGCAGGACCACGGCUCAAGUCCUGCUCCGCUUCCUCAUGCAGCUGGAGGUCGCAGUCAUCCCAAAGAGUGUCAGCCCAACUCGUGUCAGGGAGAACUUCAAGGUGUUUGAUUUCGAGCUCUCUCCAGAAGAUAUGGAAGCGCUGGAAGCGCUGGACAAAGGACGGAAAGGCCGACUGGGAAGCGAGCACUCUCUCCCUGGGUUUGGGAAGCACCCAGAAUUCCCUUGGUUUGAACGCUAUUAGUUCCGAGGAAUAGAAGACUGCAACUACACAAAGAGUCAGCAGUGUGGUUCCGACUGAAAUGUGCCCGCAUCACAUAAUAAUCCUUCACCU